AUGGAUUAUUUAGAGGGUCAUCUUUGUGCUCACAUAGCCUUCACUUGUUCUUGUGAUGUUGGAUACUAUACCCUUACCCCUACUAAUGGUAGUGCAGAAGAAAAUAACCCAUCACUUCCUAAUAAACUCGAAGUUCUGUUUCGGAGUUCCCAUAAUCAAAUCCAAGACGGAACGGCCGUAACUGUGUCUAGCACACGUAGUGAGCGUAUCGAUGUGAUUAAGAAUUUUAAGUCGUGCAGUUUGGUUGUACACAAAAUAGUUGGUAUUCUUUCGGAUUUAAAAGUUCCUGAGAGGUGUUUUGAUUACGUUACUGAUCGUAUAUUGGAUUGUGUAUCACAAAUUCCAGCAGAACCACUAGGUGGCACGUAUUGCGUUACUGCCUUCGUGAUGAUUAAUUUCGAAGAGAACUUGGAUGUUGGUGUAACUGAAUCAAUGGAGGAAGACAAUGUAACAAGGAUUCCUGCAGCAGAAUCAUUUAUUGAUGGAUUGAAGAAAGAGGAAUAUAGACAUAACAAUGGAAACAAUAUCGAUAGUAGCAGCGCUGGGACUGCUGGUUGUGCAGUAUGCUUCGAAGGAAUUCUAGAUGGAUCCGAAGUAAGCAGGAUGCCGUGCUCGCAUAUGUUUCAUCAUGAUUGUCUGGUUACUUGGUUAGAUGAAAUCAACUCGUGCCCCGUAUGUGGAUAUCAGGUGGAACCAGCCGAGUAG